CAGUACCUGUUAGAGCCGUGGAUUGACCGGCUGAUCAGAUUAGAGGUGUCAGGGUUUGUUAAUCUGUGAGGGAGCAGACUCUCUGUCACUCACGCUGCUGCCUUCUCUGCUGCACACUGCCUCUCUCCCAUUCACCGGCACCAGAGGGGAGUGGAUCACAUUUUGGUGUUGACGUUCGUCGGGGAAUUUCCUCCCCUUUUCCUUUUCUUUUAUCCCUUUUUUCUUUUUUAUGAUUUAUCUUACAAUGGGUACCUGCAGACAGCGAGUCUGGCUCUUCCUGCUCCUGCUCUGGCAGCUCAGCGGCUCUUUGGCAUCGCAGUUUCCGACCCAGCUCAUGAUUAAAGAAUGGGUGGAUCAGAUGCAGAAGGAGCUCAUUACCCUGGCAGACACGGCCACAGCUGGGAAGAGCCUCACUCAGAUUUUUCUGAGAAACCAGCACCUGUUCAGUGUUGAGCAAAACGAUGCGGAGGAGCUGGUGGCCAGAGCAGCCAGGAACAUUGAGCAGCUGCUGCGCAAGAGAUCUGCUGCCUUGAAGAAACUGGCCACAGCUGCCGAGAAACUGCAGAUGGCACAUGCGUGGAAGGAUGAUUUUGAGGAUGAUGAAAUCGCCUACUACAACGCAAAGGACAAUCUGGAUGCAAAUGAGACGGAAGGAAGAAAAUACAGGAUCCGACCAGAUUUUAAAGAGGACCUGCUAUUUAGACGUCUGACUGAUCACAACCACACGGCUGUCCACAUCCCCACUGACAUCUAUGAUGGCUCCACUAUUGUCCUGAAUGAGCUGAACUGGACUGAGGCUCUGGAGGACGUGUUUAGAAAGAACAGAGAAGAGGACCCAACCCUUCUCUGGCAGGUGUUUGGCAGUGCUACUGGCCUGGCUCGCUACUACCCAGCUUCUCCCUGGAUGGAUGCGCGCAAGACCCCCAGUAAAAUUGACCUGUACGAUGUUCGUAGGCGGCCAUGGUACAUCCAGGGAGCUGCCUCCCCCAAAGAUAUGCUCAUCCUCGUUGACGCGAGCGGGAGUGUAUCCGGCCUGACUCUCAAGCUGAUCAGGACGUCUGUCUGCGAGAUGUUGGAGACUCUGUCUGACGACGACUAUGUCAAUGUAGUUUAUUUUAACACCAGGGUGAAGAAGACGGCGUGUUUCGAUCACCUGGUUCAAGCCAACGUGAGGAACAAGAAGCUAUUGAAGGACGCUGUGCAGAACAUCUCGGCGAAGGGAAUAACAAACUACACAAAGGGCUUUGAGUUUGCGUUCGAGCAGCUCUCUGUGACUAAUGUGAGUCGAGCCAACUGCAACAAGAUCAUCAUGCUGUUUACUGACGGGGGAGAGGAAAGAGCUCAGGCCAUACUUGAGAAAUACAAUGCCGACAAAAAGGUGAGGAUCUUCACCUUUUCAGUUGGACAACACAACUAUGAUAAAGGACCCAUUCAGUGGAUGGCCUGUUCCAACAAAGGUUACUUCUAUGAGAUACCUUCCAUCGGAGCCAUUAGGAUAAACACACAGGAGUACCUGGAUGUCCUGGGCAGACCCAUGGUUCUGGCAGACAAGCAGGCCAAGCAUGUCCAGUGGACGAAUGUGUACCUCGAUGCCCUGGAACUGGGUCUGGUCAUCACUGGAACUCUCCCAGUCUUCAACAGAACCAUGACCAUCGAUGACAGGAAUGGCGAGCACCAGAAUCAGUUGAUUCUUGGUGUAAUGGGGAUUGAUGUGUCUCUGGAUGACAUCAAGAAACUCACGCCACGCUUCACAAUUGGUCCAAAUGGUUACUACUUUGCCAUCGAUCCCAAUGGAUACGUCCUACUGCACCCCAAUCUUCAGCCCAAGAAAAGGAUCCAUAACAGGAAGCACAGGCUCAGUAAUAAGUACGCUGUCACUUUUCAUGAGGAACCUGUUACCCUCGACUUACUGGAUGCUGAGCUGGAAAAUGACAUCAAAGUGGAGAUCAGGAAAAUGAUGAUCGAUGGUGAAAUAGGCGAACGUACCAUUCACACUCUGGUGAAAACGCAGGACGAGCGAUACAUAGAUAGAGGAAUCCGAACCUACACGUGGGGACCUGUCAACGGAACAGAUUACAGCCUGGCUCUUGCUCUGCCGAAAUACAGCGAGCACUUCAUUCAAGCUAAACUGGGGGACGACAUGAAACAAGCCAUGUCCAUGGAGACCAUGCAGCUGGAGAGGUUUGAUGAGUACGGUUACACCUACAUUGCGCCAAGGGAUUAUUGCAAAGAGCUUAAAGUGUCAACCAACAACACCCAGUUUCUCCUGGACUUCAACGAGUACAUCGAUAGAAACACUCCAGGUGUCUGUAAUGUGUCCCUCGUGAGUCGACUGAUCCUGGACGCAGGUCUGACGGCUGAACUGGUUAAACUUUGGAACGAGCAGACAGUGGAUGGAGUUGCGGCCAGGUUUGUCGCCACAGAUGGAGGAAUCACGAGGGUCUACCCAAGAAGUGCUGGGGAAGAGUGGACAGAAAAUCCUGAGACAUAUGAGUCCAGUUUCUACAAGAGGACCCUGGACAAUGAAAUUUAUAUUUUCACAGCUCCAGCUUUCAACACCGAGACCAGAGAGUCUGUUUCCGAGACAGGUAUUCUAGUGAGCAAAGCAGUGGACCUCACCAUUGACAAAGUCACACUCAAACCAGCAGUGGUUGGAGUGAAACUCAAUGUCUCGUUCUGGAUGAACUCUUUCAUGAAUGCUACUCUGAAAAACAAUUGCAAGGAUGAGAUCUGCGGCUGUCUGCGGAAUGACAAGCAUGUAGACUGUGUGAUUCUCGAUGAUGGAGGUUUUCUUCUCAUGUCCAAUCAAGAGGAGUACCUCACACUGAUUGGACAGUUCUUUGGCGAGGUGGAUCCGGUGCUGAUGAUCAACCUGGUCAACACGUCCCUGUAUUCCUUCAACAAGACCUAUGACUAUCAGUCUGUGUGUGACCCAGAGAAAGACAGCAAAGCUGCAGCAGGACCGCGCUCCGUCUAUGUGCCUACCAUUGCAGAUCUGCUCAGUAUAGGCUGGUGGGCCUCCACUGCUGCCUGGUCUUUACUCCAGCAGCUCUUCUACUGUCUGAUUUUCCCCAACCUUCUAGAGCCAGUGGAGUCAGCAGAUGAUGACAUAGCAGAUGCCAUGUUUAAGGAGAGCUGUAUCACAGAGCAGACUCAGUACUUCUUUGACAAUGAUGAAAGAUCCUACUCAGGUGUCCUGGACUGUGGGAACUGCUCAAGGAUGUACCGUGCGGAGAAGCUGCCAAACACCAACCUUGUGUUCCUGAUCACUGAUGCCAAAGCAACGUGUUUGUCAUGUGACCCCAGACCGCUACGACAGGCGGAACAACCCUCUGAAGGUCCGGAUCAAUGUGAGUUGGCUCGGAACCCUAGAUACCGCAAAGGGCCGGACGUGUGUUUUGACAACAACGAAGAUGAGGAUGAUUCUGAUUGCGGAGGAGGGACCAGCCUAAGUCCGUGUCUUUGGCCAAUGCUUGGGCUCCAACUGCUGCUUCUGUGGCUCAUCACAUCUUUACAACACUCAUGACCCUGACACACACAGAUCAUAAUCUCAUUUCACACAAAAAAAGACACUCCAGUUACGCCAUCCAGGAUAUGCAGAAUAUUUACAACAAGACUAUUACUUUUUUUUUUCUUUUUUUCUUUGAGAACCAGUAUCAGCAUUUCCAUUUUACAAUGCCAAAGGGUGCUCAUUCAUUUCCUCCUCCACAUUUCCAAAAACAGAGACACAUUUACUGUGCUCAGCUGCACUCAUCUCCAUCACCCAUACAGUAUAUUCCUUAUACUCUCCUAUGGUGCAAGAGUAAGAGCUAACCAAACCCUUUAAAUUCUGCCUCAUUUCUUUCUCCGACUUGUAUAGUGGAAGGUGAAGAGUUUGUCCCACUAUGCCAAAUGAAAACCAUUCAAAGACUGUAUGCUCACUGACAGCAUUGAUUUGUGUAGUCGUCUAUAGUAUUGUUUGUUGCUUAUUAUAUUUAUUGCGUAUGAAUCAUUAUGCUGUAAUGAUUGUUGAUUUUGAACAAGCCGUGCAACUGCAGUAUGACGAGUGUCCCUUUCUUCUUUCUUUUUUUUUUCUGAGUGUUUCUUGAAAUGUACUGUACCUAACUAUUUAUCUGUUCUGUUCGUUUGCCAAAUCAACAAGCAUUUUGUGACUAUAGCUAGGUGUUGUAGCCUAUUGUAGCAGCAUGUGCUCAGUACAGAGCGAAAGACGACACCGAAAACUCUGACACCAAAGCUCCACGCGCGGCACCGAGGACCACAAACGCACCACAGACAAUCUAUUUUGAGAGAUUCCUCAAACGUGGGUGUGCAUCGGCUUUGAUCUACAAAGUUAACGCGAUAGAUUCGACGCCAUAUUGAGAUACGUGAGUUGUGAAACCAAAUCCUCAAGGAUAUUUGCAAUUUGGCGUGUGUCAGAUCUUCGUCUAAUUGCUUUGGUUGUCUUCAAUUUGAUGCAUCGAACUCUCCCAGUGCCUAAAUAGUAACUCAAACAGUCUGUUACGUAAACGAAGAAAGGCAUCAGAGAUUUAUUCCUAUAUCAUGUCUGCUUCUAUGCUAAUGCUUGCUGCAAUAUGGCAGGUUUCUAUAGCCUACAUACUGAAAUGGGACAAAUGCUGCUGCACUUAAUGUGACUCAGACAUCGGUAACACUUUACAUUAUGGUGCAGUAACAACUUAAAAUAGAGAGGUUAUAUGAUGGUAGUGACAUAUUCUCUCUAUAAUGCAUUUGUCAUCUUGGUAAUAAAAAUGCUGAAAAGAAUAUUGAUCAUAUUAUAAAGUUGAAAUUCAUCUGCCCUCACGUCCCACAACGUGAUUACCAAGCUGCUCCUCGGUAUUGACUGUAGAAAUAAGAUGGUAUCACCAUAAUAUUAAUCACGCAGUAUUAUUAGCACAUUUUAUUUUUACUUCAUUAUAUAUAUAUUUGAAAAUAUCUGUACUUUCCACUCCACUACAUUUCUAUAAUGUAUUGAGUUAAAAAAAAUUUUAUCAACAGUAAAUGGGAACUGGUUGACUGAUCCAGUCAGUGUGAGGUGGGCGUGUGACAGGAUUAAAAUAAAUAAUCUGAUAGUUGGCAGUGGCGUCAUCUGCACUAUAUUUUACCAUUCUUGUAUUAAACAAUAUAUAUAUGUCUCUGUGUGUGUGUGUGUGUGUGUGUGUGGAAUAACAAAUGUAUCAUAAUGACUAUGAAUGAUAUCGUAAUUGCGAAAUUCUGACUUCUCAACUGAAAUGAGGCAAACUUGGAGUAGUGAUGCCACUCCACCAGUUCCAAUGUGAUGCAGCACUAGUUUUACUCAAGUACAACAGUUAAUAUAGUACAUUUUUGUCUUUAUUUGUACUUCCUCCACAGAUUCCACAUUUGUACUGCACUAUAAUCCAAAGUGUUACCAAAACAACCAGUGAUUUUGACUCUGGCAGCAUAAUAUCAUUUUCAUCUGUGCUCAGAACAGAUUUUCAGCAGACCUGAGCUUGCAUUUCAACACUUCUCUUUAUUAGUCCUGUUUCUGUUCCCUUUCUGGAUCUCCAGACUCAGGAGCCAAGAUGACUUGUGAAUGAGAUCAGCAUAUCAAAAUGACUGUUUUGUUUCUCUCUCUCUCUCUCUCUCCUUGCUGUUCUCCUUAUGCUUGUUUCUUCUUUCCAUUGCUCUUUAACGUGCUGUGAAGCAGAUGCUGAAGGCUCAGUGUCGAAAACGCUGCAAUGUCAUGGGAUGAGCUUGUUAUGUGUUUGAACGCUGUCCUCACCCUGUGGUCAGCAUGAAGUCCUGCUGGAGAGAACUUUGAAACCACAUAGCCAACAGUAGUCAUUUUGCAUCACACGAGUGUUUUCAUUUUCCCUUUUCUACAAUUUCAUCGACCUCUCUCCACCUCGCCUACAUGCUGAUCAGCUGGUACUGGUGGUCAGGUUACAUCUGUCCACCAAAGUCGUGUGUUGACUUACUUUCCUUCUGUUUCCCUCGGGGAUCCCGUGUCUUUGUGCAGGCAUGUGCGUGUCCCUCUGAUAUCUGAUUGUGCUUUAAUACUGUACACGAUUUACUCUUUUGUGGACCUUGACUAGCCUGAAUCAAUUUUGUAUACAUUUGUACACUAAUACUAUUUACUGUAUAAAAGAGAAAAAUGAAAGUAAAGAAAAAAAAGUGUUUAUAAUAUGGUGUUGAUGAUUAUUAUUGUGCAAAAUAUAAUAUAUUCACAAUAAAAGUGUUGAUUGUUAUGUUA